AUGAUCCUUUUCACACUCCAGGAUAUGAUGGAGUCUCUACCGGGAUCAUACCCAUAUGACGAUAUCAAAAUGGAGUUGGCCCGCGAAGAUGAAAGCAUAACUUUGGUUCGUGCUGCCCUUGGGCCUCCAGAUGACUCUGAAUCGGACAUUAUUGAGACUGUUCUCCAGCUAGAAUCUGACAGAAAAUCUUCAAUUCUUUCCAACACGAGCAAUCCCCAAUCGACUUCAAGCAGUAUCAACCUUCCCGUCACGGUGCCAAUGAAGUUAGAAACAGUCAAAAUUGAAGAAUACCAGCCAACGGUUCCCCAGCCUCCUCCACCACCACAAGGCGAGGGCUCAAGAUGUGACGUGGUGCCCCAGCUGACCUUUCAUGACAUCACAACAGACUUUUCGGUCAACCCACAGAAACCGCUACCCCCUCCGCUGGAGAAAGAGGACGAACAAAAUGACUACGUCCUGCUCAAACUUGACGGAAAGUCCUCAAUCGGUAAAGAGCCACAAAGAAGAAUUUCUCAAAGUAUAAACCGGCCGAGUGGCUCAUCAGAGAUGAUCACAGACAAGACACCGUCAGAGAAUAAAAAACACAAAUGCGCCUAUCCAGGUUGCGAGAGGUCGUUUGUUCGUCCGGCUGAACUUCUGAGACAUAAAAGGACACAUACGAAUGAACGCCCUUAUGUGUGCCCAACUUGCAACCAUGAGUUCAAGCGCAAAGACCAUCUGAAGUCGCACAUUCUGAUCCACACAGACGAGAAAAAGUACUCCUGCAAAAGAUGCGAUUACCGAACAAAUCGCUUAGAUACACUGAAGCGUCACUUCAAAACACGGCAUCAAAAACUGGGAGGACCUCCUGAGGACUGUCCAUCAAAAGCGAAGAAAAAUGACUUCCAAUCUGAAUACUAA